AUGAAUUUAUCUUGCCUUGGAAAUUCCUUUACCAAACUGCCAUGGAAACGUGUCUUUCAAUACCUAACAACCAAAGAAAUCUAUAGGCUCAAAGUUGUAAACUCUUUUAUGAGCACUCUGAUCAUUAAGGAAUCGAGACGAUCUCUCAUUCAUCCAAUUUAUGAGGUUGGGCUUGUAUGCCGAGACUCUGAACAAUUACUCAAUACCCUCUCUCAGUAUUUCAACAUUCACAAGUUUCAUGAAGAAUUUCAUCUAUUGAACGUCACCUAUCAAUUUUCAAGUCUUGCACGAAUAUAUACAGGAUAUGAAGUCGAAUUUAUUGGACGAGAAACUGAGUUUUUCAAUCAAGACUUUCUUCCAAACCUCCAUUCACGAAAAGGACGCAAUAAGCUUUCCUCCUCAUCUCAUCACAGCAGAAGAAAACCUAAAGUUGGAAACAUCUUCACAAGAAUGACGGUUCGAUUCUAUCCCAUUCUAUUGCUGUCCAGUGAUCCCUCACACAAAAUUCUGCUCACACGAGAGAAGAAUGUAUUCUUGAGUGAGGCAAUGAGUUUUUUGGAUGGAUAUUUAAUAUUAUAUCCAAAUGAGAAAAGCAGUCACCAGAGCAAUAACUACAAUCAUCUUUUCCAAAGAAAUACUGUCUACACUCGAUGCAUGAACAGUAUUGGUGAGGAAGAAGAGGACGAUGUUGAGAUUGUGCGCAAAAAGUCUUCAAAAAGCAGCUCUUUGUCUCCCACUCCUAAAUCACAUUCCCUUUCGAAUAUGAAGAAGUCUUCACCUUCAGAACUAAGUAUGGCUGUCCUGAAUAAUCCCUUUCUUCCUUCGAGUUUUGGUUCCUCUUCCUCCUUUAAUAUCUUGCAGAACUCUGAAGAAAUGAUUCGGUCCUCUCUCCCUUCUUACAUUCAUUUGGCAGAUUCGGUCCUGGUCCCUUACAUUACUAUUUCAAGCAAAUCUUCAUGCAAUAUGAAUGCAUCUAUGAAAAAGGCUUUGGGACAAAUUCUCUCCAAUUCCGAUUCAUGCAAAAAACUUUUCAAAACUCAUCAAAGAAGUCUGUAUCACUCCAAUUUGUUGGAACAUAUUGAAUCAAUCAUUCAAACAAUGGAUAUUCAAGAGAAGGUUAAAAAACUGACCUCUCUAUUUAACAACAAGCACACAUUCUAUGAACUCUUGACUGACCGAAUUGAUUACUUUGUAAAGAGGAUUGGAUUGAGAUACUUUACAAUUCGAGAUCAAAUAUUAAUCAUCAAGAACCUGUAUAGCGCUCUGUUCACAGGAUACGGAUCUAAUAUUAUUACUAAGAAGGAUUUUUCAUCCUCACACUUUAAAUUAAUCUAUCAAAGUAACUUCUCGAACUUGGUCAUUCAGAAAAUUGUUCGUCACGCCACCAAACAGCAAAAGCAGGAAAUUCGAAUGAUGCCAACCAUUGAAAUUAAUUCAAAAACAUGCCUCAUUUUGUUUGACGAUUUUACUUCCAAUUCAAUACGUCAUGUGGAAGUUCGAAUUGGCAUGCGAGGUUGUCUCUCUCAAACCUUUACUGUUUUUAAGCCUUUCAUCCUUUACUCAGAGCAAAAAGAUCAAUAG